AUGCAGAACAUCAAGGAGAAAGCCGCAAAUGUUGCCGCCACGGCGAAAUCCGGCAUGGAUAAAACCAAAGCCGCUGUCCAGGAGAAGGUGGAGAGGAUGACAGCCCACAACCCAACGGAGAAAGAGAUGGCGACGGAAAGGAAAGAGGAAAAGAUCAACCAGGCCGAGUGGAACAAGCGGGAGGCAAUGGAGCAUAACGCGGCGGCGAAGCACGCCAACACCCACACCGUCGGCGGGAAUCCGCACACUUACACCGCCACAGGACAGCCAGGACACACCGCAGCCGCCGGGGCGGGUGGUCCUCACACUUAUUCCACCACGGGCAAGCAUGGACACCCGACCGGGACCCACCAGAUGUCGGCGUUGCCCGGACACGGCACCGGGGAGCCAGCCGGGAAUGUGGUCGAAGGAGUGAUCAAGUCGCACCCGAUCGGGACCGCCACCGGGACGACUAGGCCGAGCGCGGCUCAUAACACUCAUGUGGGACCGGGUACCAACCAGGGUUACGGCACUGGUGGUACUUACAGUUAA